AUGGUGGAAAUAAGUGAAGUGAAGGAUAAAUCAGGUAGAGAGCACAGAACUGCCACACAUACACAUAUUAAAGGUCUCGGGCUCGAUGAAUAUGGCGCAGCCAAACAGAUUGAUGGCGGGUUCAUUGGUCAAACUGAAGCUCGUGAAGCUUGUGGUGUUAUUGUUGAUUUAAUCAAAGCUAAAAAGAUGAGCGGGAAAGCUAUUUUACUUGCAGGAGGCCCAGGUACUGGUAAAACUGCAUUGGCUUUGGCUGUUUCCCAAGAAUUGGGUCCAAAAGUUCCAUUUUGCCCAAUUGUAGGAAGUGAAAUUUUUAGUACUGAAGUUAAGAAAACCGAGGCUCUAAUGGAAAACUUCAGAAGGGCUAUUGGUCUUAGAAUCAAAGAAACAAAAGAAGUCUACGAGGGUGAGGUGACAGAUUUGACUCCAGAAGAAAGUGAAAAUCCACUAGGCGGCUAUGGGAAAACAAUCAGUCAUGUUGUUGUGGGCUUGAAAAGUGCCAAAGGUACCAAGACCCUCAGACUUGACCCAUCUAUCUACGAAACAAUCCAGAAAGAAAAAGUCUCAAUUGGUGAUGUGAUAUAUAUCGAAGCAAACACUGGUGCAGUGAAACGUGUUGGUCGUUCUGAUGCGUACGCUACCGAAUUUGAUUUGGAAGCAGAGGAAUACGUACCGUUACCAAAAGGUGAUGUUCAUAAAAAGAAAGAAAUUAUCCAAGAUGUGACUUUGCAUGAUCUUGAUGUCGCCAACGCUAGACCUCAGGGAGGUCAAGAUGUGCUAUCUGUUAUGGGUCAAUUACUCAAGCCUAAAAAAACCGAAAUCACUGAAAAAUUAAGACAAGAAGUUAACAAAGUUGUACAAAAAUAUAUUGAUCAAGGGGUUGCCGAACUUGUCCCUGGUGUCUUGUUCAUUGAUGAAGUUAAUAUGUUGGAUAUCGAAUGUUUUACUUAUUUGAAUCGUGCAUUAGAAUCACAAAUUGCGCCAAUCGUCAUUUUGGCCUCUAACCGUGGUAUGACAACUGUCAGAGGUACUGACGAUAUUGUUGCCCCACAUGGUAUUCCUACUGAUUUGGUUGAUCGUUUAUUGAUUGUGCGUACUUUACCAUACAGCUUUGAGGAAAUUUCUAAGAUUAUUGGCACAAGAGCCACUAUUGAAGGGUUGCCAUUAAAUGGUGACGCCCUUAAUAAGCUCACAACCCAUGGUACAAAUGUCUCAUUGAGAUAUUCUUUACAACUAUUAGCACCUGCCGGAAUUUUGUCAAAAGCCAAUGGUCAUUCAGAAAUUACCGGUGGUGAUAUUGAAGAAGUGGAAACUUUGUUUAUAGAUGCCAAGAGAAGCACCAAGAUUUUGGAAAGCGGGAAGGGUUUUUUAUAA